AUGAAUGUACAAUCAUUCUUUACAUCUCAACCACCAACACACCCCUAUGGAUUCUGGCCACAACAGGCUUUUCCCAAUUCAUGGCAAGCACAGUUCUAUAUGCCCAACCCUGUACCACAAACUAAAAUUACAGUGACUAACUCUACAGCGAGUAAUGGUAACUUGCCUACGUUCAGAUUGGCUAACAAUAGUACUAUUAGAUCACCUUCGCCAGGCUGGAGGUCGUUUAACACUAAUUCACGUCAACAAAUACCUUUUCAGUAUGCAAAUGCUCCAAGAAAAAAUUGGGUAAAGUUUACGCAAAGUGCUGUAUGUUACUAAAACUGAAUUAACUGUAUAAUUAUAAAUUUUAUAAUUAUCUGUAUUACUUAAUUGUUAUUCACAUUUGUUAAAUAGAAUGGAAAUGUUUUCGGUAACUUACCACAAAAUCCACAAAGUCCAUUUUCAUCAUCACCACAAAAUUGGCCACAGUUUAAUCAAAGACCUCGUUUUAUACCUCGGCAACACAUACGCAUGAACAGACCUCAAAAUUAUUUUCAAAAUCAAUCAAAUGGACUUAUUCAGGUUUGAAUUUAGAAUUUAUUUAUUAAGAAUCGGAGUUAAAUAUAAGUUAAAAAUUAGGUAAAAUCGACCAUGCUAUAGGGUUAAGUUGGGUGAUUGGAAAAUACAUUAAUUUAAAUCAAGGUAUAGAAUUAAUACAUAUUAAUACUUAAUACACCAUUAUUCUAGUAUAUGUUUUAAUAUCCAAACUGAUAAUUUAAAAUUAUGUUCGAAUAAUGAAUAUUAGAAAAAAAUACUACCUAAUUAUCAAUUUUGGUUUUUUAAAUUUAUUUUUUAAUAUAUUUUUAGUUUAUAGAACACAAAUAAAUUUUGGAUUUUUAUUUUUUUCAUAUUAUAUGCUUUUUUAACACUGCGACCACUCCAGGUCUUAAGAUUCACCGAAAAUACAUUUGACUUCAAAUCGCUAUAAUUUUUAAUAAUAAUAACAAUUUCUAAAACACUUAUUUAUUUAUUGAUAAUCUAAAAAAUGAUUUUAAUGUUUUAAAUUAAAAAUGUUUUAAGGUACUGAAUUUGAAAAAUCACAUUACGCCUUGCUACAGUUACUCCUGAUAAACUCAAUUAUUAUUUAUAUCUAAUAUAAAGUUGUUUUUGUGCUGGUUAUAAAAUUUAGAAGGCCGCUUCCAUGCAUUCUUUUAUAAACUCACCAUUAGUAAACGACUUCCGUUUAGCGGCAAUUUUUUGUGCUAUGAUAAAACUAGCUUUGACACUGGCUUCUGAGUCUGAUUAACGAUGUAAGUUUGUCAAUUCGAAGUUGUCCUUGUAUUACAUCAUAUGUCGAUGCAUGUUUAGUAUCAUAAUGUCGUUUUAAAUAGUACUCUUUCAACACUGCAAUAGAUUCUUGACAAAUUAAACAUACAGCUUUUUCUUUAACUCGAAAAACGCGACUUUCAUCCGAGAUUUUACAUUUUUUACUCACUGACAUAUUAUACAAAUAUUACGAAGAAAAUAUAUGAAAUCGAAACUUGUAUAAAUAAACGAGUAUUAUGCUCGUUCCACGAUCGAUUACAAACUAACAGGCAAAAGUCAAUAUUUACAACUAGGUAGGUAAUUUAAUUUAUCUUAUCGCAUAUUUCCGAUAACGAUGGUUUGAGCGUUAUAAUUUUAUCGAAAUAGAAAUGAAACAUACUACAUUUCAAAUGAGAUCCCGGGCUAUACAAUAUGACAAGGCGGGCCGUGGGUUGAAGACCCCUAAUUUAGAUUAUUCUGUGAAUACUCUGAGAUUACACUGUGCAGAGUAUUUAUAUCCUCGUUCAAAACCUACAUGUGAGAUAAGUGACCAUUUUCAAUUUUGUUAUUGACAAUACUCACUAUGUUAACUAUUAUAAUUUUUAAACGGAUCUGUUAUAGGUAUAACAAAUAUUUCUUAUUUCAUAAUUUGUAAAUUUAGUUCUAUUGGUUUUUAUAAAUUACUAUAAUUAGUUAUUUAGGUAUUACUAUUUAAUACUUAAUCAUUGUUUGUUGACCAAUGGUUAAAAGUUGGUUAGAGGUGAUUUCAUGUGAAAAAAUAUUUUGUUGAAUAAAUAUUUAAAUUCUGUCUAAAACAUUUACACAGGGUAAUUUUUUUUAUCAUGAACUAGUAAUUAUAUCAGAGGAUUUUAAGUGAAUUUAAUUUCUAUUUUUUCUAAUCAUUAUGGAAUCGUUCAAGCUUUAUUUUAAAACUAUUUUUAAUGUUUUACCCCUAUUCCAUAUUAUAUAAAUAAGAACAUACUUUUUAUUUCCAAUAGGAACCUUCGCUUUUGAACACUGAUUUGAAAAAAGGAUAUUUUUCUAGAAAUUUUGAUUUGCAUAACAUUAAUAUCAUAUUAAUAAGUUAUAACAGUUUAAAAUAUAGCUCCUCCGAGUAGAUAAGAAUCAUAGAUAAGCAACUUAUUACUCUUCCUUAUUCCUCCGGUCUAAGCUUUAAACUGUUAUAAUUCAUAAACGAUAUAUGAUAUUGGUGUUAUGUAUAUUGAAAUUUCUAGAAAAAUAUUCUCUAUUAAAAUCAGUGUUCAACAGGGGGGGUUCCUAUUGGAAAAUCCAAAGUGUGCACUUAUUUAUGGUACAUGGAGUAAGGGUAAAAUAUUAAAAAUAGUUUUAAAAUGAAGCUUAAAUGAUUCCAUAAUGAGUAGAAAAAACAAAAAUCAAAUUCAAUUAAAAUCCUCUGAGAUAAUAGCUGGUUCAUGAUAACAAAAUCCGUAUAUUUUGUAAGUAUAUUAUAAAAUAUUUUUUGAUACAUACCUAAACUCACUAUAUUUGAAUCAGAAUUAUGAAAAUAAAUAACAAUAUUAUAACUAAAUAAUUUACUCUUAUUUUAAUUAGAUGAACUAUCUAGUAGAUCACAUCGACCUAAUCCUAAAUAUUGGUAAAUGCCGAUUUCUGACUUUUAUCAGAUGGGGCAAGAUUCAUUUUUAAUUUAAUUUUUCUAAAUAUUAUUUUAUACAAUUUAUAGGUUAUGCCGAACAAAUAGAAUUGAAUAAACAUUAGAUAUAUUUACAUAAUUGGGUUAGUGCUUAAAUACUAGAAUAAUAUUUAAUAAAUUAUAUGGAGAUCUCCUAAUGAUACUGUGUGAUUCGCAUUGCACAUCAUGUGAAUAAGAGGGGCAGAUCUCAUUUUAUCUACUCUUUGUUUGCCCACAGAUUAUUUUUAGUGUAAUCUCUGAUUUGCACACAUUUUCCUUCCCACAUAUACAGACUUAAGACUGUCAGUGAAUAUUUUUCAUUUAUUUUAAUUACUUUAAAAGCUUACCUUGAAAUCUUUUCAUGAACAUACGUGUACUUAUUAAAUUAUUUGUAUUAUUUAUUUUUGAUGACAAUUACUAAGAAUAUUUUUUAUUGAUUUUAAUUAUAGUUAAGUUUAACAAUCUGUAUUGAUGAGUAAUACCUAAAGCACAUUAAAUCAAAUUUCUUGAGAUAAUAUUUUAAAUUAUUUAAAUUUAAACUAUUAAUUUCUAGACAUAAUUAUGCAUUUAAAAAUAUAAAAAUCACUAAAAAAAAUGAAAAACGAAAUAAAUGCUAAAAGAAUACAAAAUAAAAGUUUCACUUUCGAAGUAUCUGUUACAUAAAUUGAAUUAUGUACUUGGAAAGCAUUGUCUUAGAUUAAACACAUACAAAAUAAAUUAUUUCCAAUUGAAAAUCGGGCUAAUAAUAAUUCGAAAAAAAGUUUGCACGGGAGAAAAAAAUGAUGAUGUCCUGGAAGUUGGAUUGGGUAUAGUUAAUGUUUGGAAAUGCCUUCAAUUUUUGAUAAAUGGUCCCCCUCAAAGUUUUUCCUAUUUAAAUUACUAAAUAUAACAUUUAGUAUUUAUUAUAGUAACAUUUUUAAUCAGUAACCUAAUAAUUAUUGAGGUUUUUAUAUCCCAAUAAGAAUACAUAACUUUUUAAAAUUAGUAGUACACUAAAUUUUUAUUAGAUUAAUAAAUCAGAGUAAUACUAAAACUAUGUUGACUUAUAUCAAAAUUUUAAAUAUUAUAUUAAAAAUAUUUAUGUUUGUAUAGAUUGGUAUUUAUUAUUCAUUAUUAUUUAUUUAAAUUAUUGAACAAUGUGCAUCUUUAUUAAAUAUAUGUGAAUGCUCAUUAAAAACUUUUCCUAUAUAAUUUUACUAAUUUGUUUUGUUUGGUUUAAUAAAAAACCAAGGAAUCCAAUGCCAAUGCUGUCAUAGAAUUCAAAACACAAAAACGUAAGUUAAAAUCACAACAAUCUGCUCAAAAACCAUUAUGGAACUAUGAAGAUGCAGUAAAAGCUAUUGCUGCUGAGAUAGAACUCAGAACACCUAAAAAAAACAAACAAAUUAUGAUUAGAUUUCCAGAUCAUGAAAUUACUAAGCAAAUCGUACAAAACUUCCACUCUGACAUUAAAUCUGUACAUUUUCACACUUCAUACAAUCCAAGGUAUGUAUACUAACUUUGAUUAAUAAGUAUAUUUGUGUUAGAAAAAAACAAAUUAUUAAUUGAAUUUUAAAAUAUCAACUUUUAAACUAUCUUAGGUAUUGUUAUGUACAAGUGCAACCAAAUGCGAACAUUGAAAAUGUUGCACAUGAAUUAAAUGAAACAAUUUUUCAACAUGAAAAAUUAUGUGUAGAAAUCAAAGAAAGUGAAUAUAAAGAAAAACCGGCCCCAGAGUCCAUUGAUCCAUAUACGUAUGUAUUACUGAUUACAACAUAAACAAGUACUCUUAAAAAUACUAAAUAGCAUUUUAAUCAUAUUUUUAUAUUUUUUUAUUCUAAAUUCAAGUCUGAAUGUAUGUUAUAUCUAUACAUAAUAUAUACUUAUCAAUGUAAAUAAAUAUUUUAAAUUUAAUAACUAAUAUAUAUAAACAAAUAUUGAAAAUGAGUUAAAUACAUUUUCUAAUCAUUAUACAAUUUUAUUAAUUUAUUAUUUUAGAUUAUACCUUGGAAAUCUGUCAACAAGUAUUACAUCUAAUGCUGUUAAAGAUGAAUUUCCAAAAGCUACUCGUGUUGAUAUUGGGUUUGCAAAAAAAAUAAAGUUCACUAGGUAACUUUUAUUAAUACAAUUAUUUAUUUAAUAUAAUAUUCUUUUAUGAUUUUUUUAUAUAAACAAUAUAUAAUUAUUUAUUUAUUGUUAGAUAUGCAUUUAUUAAAUUUCUGAACGCAGAAGAUGCAAUAAAUGCAUUUAAAGAGAAAUAUAAUUUGGUUAUUGAUAGUCGAUCAGUUGUACUUAGAUUCAGACGUAGCAAGGGCAACUUAAAUCUUCCUAAAUUAGUAAGUUAACAUUAAUUUUAUGUAGAUUUCUCAGUAUUUUUAUUUUUUAAUUUGGAUUUUAUUUUUAGCCAAAUGAAAAAAAAGAAUUUGACAUGCAAAGUUUGCAGAAAAAAAUAAAGUAUCAUGUACAAGUAAAUAUUAAUUUAAUUCUAAUAUAUUUGUACUCAAUAUUGAACCAGCAUUCAUGAAAUUAUUAUGUUUUUCUACUUUUAGGAAAAUAGUGAAGAUUAUAAUAUCAAUAAAAUUAAUGUAUCAAAAGUUAAACUUGAAUUCAUGGAAGAUAGUGAUAAUGAACAAGAUGUAGUAUAUGAAUCACACGUACCAAAUACAAAUGACAUAAAUAUUAAAUCAGAAUAUCCAGAUUAUGAUGAAGAAUAUGAAAAUUAUAAUGAUGAUAAAGAUACAUUAAAUGAAACAAACCAUGAAAGUGACAUCACCAUUCCUCCUGUAAUUUAUUUUAUUAAUAUUAUUUAAUUUUAGAUUCUGAGCAGAGCGAGGGAUAUUUUAGUUUAACAAUAAUAUAUUUUUUUUUUAUUUGUGAAUAACUAUUCUACCAGCAAUUUUGCUCCAAUUUUCAAGUACGGCACUUUUUAAAAGUAAAUCUGACUGGGGUACAUUGAGAAAUUCAUUUUUUAUUUUCUCAGCUGUUUUCAUAAUAAGAAUCAAGAAAAACACGAAACUUACGAAAUAUAUUAUUUUUAAAUAUUAAAUAUUACAGCCUUUCAAAAUAUGUAUGGCCAAAGUCCCCUAAAUUCCCAUCAGAAUCUUUAGAAACCCUUACAUUUUCCUCUGUAUCCUACCUGCAAAUUUCUUUUUUACAACAAUAGCCCACCUAUCCUGCAAAGGAUGUCCAUAUAUUUUUAGUGUACUAAUAGUAGACAAAUAAAAAUAAAACAUUAGUUUUAUAUAUAUAUACAUGCUUGUAAAGUUAAACUCAAAUAGUUGUGUUUUUUUAGUUUAGUUAUAAUGAAGAUUGCCAAUUUAAUGAUGAAUCAGAUGAUGAAGAUGAUAUGCCAUAUACAUUUCUACGAAAGAACCAAAUACCAUCAGAAAAUAACAGAGAUAUUAUUUUGCCAUCAAAAGUAAGUUUUUAAAAUUAAUUUUGAACUUUAAAAGUUUACAACUUAUACUAUAUAAUAAAUAUCAAUUUUAGGUAAACUAUUUGAGAAUGUAAUUUGUUCAACCAUUAAAAAAAAACAGUUUUUAAAUUUCUAUCAUUUUAGAUUCUGAGUGGAGGGACGAUUGUAAUGGUUUUACAAAAAUGUUUAUUUUUUUUUUUAUGUGAACAUUUUUCUAUAAGAAAACUUACUCAGAUGUAUACAAGGUAGACACUUUUCUGAAAGAAAAUUUUUUUUGAGUGUACAUUAUGAGUGUUAUUUUUCGAUUUUCUCAGUUUUUCAAAUUAAAUAAGAAAACUGAGAAAAACGGGAAAAUGUACGAAAUAUAUUAUUUUCUGUGGAAUACUUUUCUACCAGCAAUUUUGCUCCAAUAUAUAACGAUAACACUUAUUCUGCGAGGAAAUAAGAGUGUGGUGGUACUUUGGGAAAUUCAUUUUUUGAUUUUCUCAGCUGGUUUUAUAAUAAAAGUGAAGAAAAACACAAAAAUUACGAAAUGUAUUAUUUUUAAAUAUUAAAUAUUACAGCCUUUCAAAAUAUGUAUGACCAAACUCCUCUCAGAAUCAUUUUUGAUUAGCAAAUAUUAAUCAUUGCAUAUAGAUAUAUAUUAAAUUUUUCUCUAUGUCCUACCUGCCAAUUUCUUUCCUACAACAGUGGCCCACUUAUUGUGCAAAGUAUGUUUAUAUAUUUUUUAGUAUAAUACUUGCAGUCAUAACUAAAAUUAAAUCAUUGGUUCUUUGUGUAUACAUAUUUGUAAAAUUUAACUCAAUUAUUUGUAUAUUUUUUUAGAUAACUGAUGUUGAUGAUGAUAAUGAUAGGAAAUGGAAUGAUGUAUCAGAUGAUGAAGAUGAUAUGCCAUAUACAUUUUUACGAAAGAACCAAAUACCAUCAGAAAAUAACAGCGAUAUUACUUUGCCUUCAACUGUAAGUUUUUAUUAAUUAAACUAAUUUAAAUUUUUAAAAUUGAAAACUUAUACUACAUAAUAAAUAUCAAUUUUAGGUAAACCAUUUGAGAAUCCAAUUUUUUUUUCAUUUAUUAUCAAUAGUUUUACAUUUUUAGUUUCUGAGUGGAGGGAAGAAUCAAAUGGUUUUACAAAAAAUUUUCCUUUUUUAUGUAAACACCCCUUUUCUGAGAGAAAAUUUUCUAUGGAUGAUACUUUAGGGAGGUAAUUUUUCGAUUUUUCCAAAAGUUGUCUUGGUAAUUGUGAAAAACCAAAAAAAAAAGAAAUAUCAGUACAAUAUUAAAGAAAUAUUAUUAAACAAAAUAAUGCUUAGUUAAUUGUUUUAGUAGAUACCAAUUCGCCUUUAUAUGAAUUUAUAAAAAUUCUUGGUGCAAGCAGUAAAAAUGAAUUAAUGAUAUAAGCAUGACAUUUUUGAGUUUAUUAUUGACCUAACUUUCUUUUUUUUUUUUUUUAGAUGAUUUAACAAAUUAAAAGAAAAAUAUACUUAACAAUAGAAAUAAUAAAAUAUACAGUUGUCAUUUUAAAGAUGGAUUAAGAGAAAAUAAAUCAAUCUAUUUGAUUGGAAUUAAAACUCAUUUUUUUCAUUUAUAUCCCCUGAAAAAUAUUUCAAGUAUGCAGUAAACUAUAUUUUCCUAU